GUGAAGGCCCCAUUGUCCCUUCUUUAUAUAUAACCUCCUUGCUUCAUUCGCUCCUCUCCCUCUUUAUCUCUCAACCAAGAGAUUAUUAUUGCUAUCUCGGAGGAAUGAGAACAAGAAGAGGAUUGUGUUAUUCUGCACCUGGAGUAGUAACAAGGAUGUGUUCCGUAGGGGUUGGGAAGAGAAAGAACAACAAGUUGCAGCAUAAUGUUUACGGAGACUCUAAUAUUUAUAGCCUCAGGAAAAGGCACAAGAGGUUACCGGAAAAGGCCGCCGGCGAAUGCGAUUUUUUCGAGUCUUUGCCGGACGACCUUGUAAUCUCUAUCUUCUGCAAGCUUAGCUCCUCCGCUACUUCCCCUUCCGAUUUUGUCAAUGUUUUAAUCACAUGCAGGAGAUUAAACAGUUUAGGUCUCCAUUCUCUUGUGUUAUCGAAAGCAUCUCCGAGGACUUUCUCUAUUAGAGCAAAGAACUGGUGCGAUUCGGCGCACCGGUUCCUCAAACAGUGUGCAGAUGCAGGAAAUGUUGAAGCAUGCUAUACUCUAGGCAUGAUUCGGUUCUACUGUUUGCAGAACAGAGGGAGCGGGGCUUCACUCAUGGCCAAGGCAGCCAUGAACUCUCACGCACGAGCUCUCUAUUCGCUCGCCGUUAUACAGUUCAACGGUAGCGGAGGCACCAAGAACGACAAGGACCUCCGUGCCGGAGUUGCCUUGUGCGCACGCGCCGCCUUCCUCGGCCACGUCGACGCGCUGCGGGAGCUAGGCCACUGCCUUCAGGAUGGAUACGGCGUUCGCCAGAACAUCGCGGAGGGGAGGCGCUUCCUUGUUCAGGCCAACGCCAGGGAACUCGCCGCCGUGAUCUCCGCCGGAGCUGCUGCGCGCCAGUGGCUGACAUGGAACAUCCACCCGCUCCGCCAGUUCGCCGGGUCAGCGGCAGGUUGCCCGCUGCUGAGCGAUUUCGGGUGCAAUGUUCCGAUGCCGGAGGCACAUCCGGCGAGCAGGUUCCUGUCGGAAUGGUUCGCGGCUCGGGACGCGUCUCCCGGUCCGGGACUGAGGUUGUGCUCUCAUGCCGGUUGCGGUCGGCCAGAGACGAGGAAGCACGAGUUUCGAAGGUGCUCGGUGUGUGGCGCGGUGAACUAUUGUUCACGCGCCUGCCAGGCGCUUGAUUGGAAGUUUCGGCACAAGGUGGAGUGCACCCCCGUGGAGCGGUGGCUCGAGGACGACGGAGAUGACGUCGUUGAUGACGGCGUAGACGCUGACGCCGUGAUGGCGGUGGAUAGUUAGAUGAUUUUUUUUUAAUGUAACGAUGACGGUAAAAGUAACGGGAAGUCUCUAUUUUUGACGGUUCAACGGAACUGUGCUAGAUGAGGCGUUGAGAGAGAGAAAAUUAUGUUGUCCUCCUUUUUAUGUAUAGUGGGAAAACACUCCCAGAAAAAAUGAAGGAGAUUUUUUUAAUUUUUCUCA